GCCGUCGUCCAGACCCAUACUCGCAUCAGAGAGUUUCUUCCUAACCCUCUGCCAGCGGAAAAUUUUGUCCUUUACUCUCGAAAAAUGGAAGGUUGUGAAAUCGAAGUGUAGAAGAAUUAGGGAUUUGAAUAGUUAUGGAUGGUAAUAAGGAUGAUGCGUCUCGUUGUUUGAGAAUCGCCGAAGACGCCAUUGCUUCUGGUGAUAAAGAACGAGCGUUGAAAUUUAUCAAUAUGGCGAAACGGCUUAAUCCAAGUCUCUCUAUUGAUGAACUUAUUGCUGCUUGUGACAAUCUGGAUUCAAUUUCGAGGAAUUCGUCUGUAGUGAGAAGCUUAAAACUGUGGAUGAGGCGGAGUCGUAGGCCGAGGAGGAGAUAUAACACGCGGAAUGAUUUCUUUGAUGAUGAGUUUGAUCCUGAUGAGAUAUUCAGGGCGUUUUUUGGUCAACAACGAGAUAUGUUCCGUGAUUCUCGUGCUUAUAGGACUAGACAAGCACGUAACCAAUUCCGAGAGGAGGAGCCUAAUGUGGCUGGACCAAGCUGUUUGACGAUUAUUCAGAUUCUACCAUUCUUUCUGCUUUUGUUACUGGCUUAUCUACCCUUUUCUGAGCCCGACUAUUCUCUGCACAAGAACCAGUCUUAUCAGAUACCAAAGACGACGCAGAAUAUGGAGAUUAGCUUUUAUGUUAGAUCAGCAUCAGCCUUUGAUGAGAAGUUUCCGCUUGGUAGCUCUGCUCGAGCCAACCUUGAGGGCAACGUGAUCAAAGAGUACAGACACUUUCUUUUCCAGUCUUGUCGUAUUGAGCUCCAAAAACGGAGGUGGAACAAGAAGAUACCAACCCCUCACUGCAACGAACUUCAUGAUCGUGGAUUUGUUGACAGGUAACAGCUUUUACUUUCCCUCCCCAUUUAUGUUUUGGAUUCUGUCAUUUACUUCAUACUUGUGAUCCCACAUAUCAUGUUUACUAAGCUCCUCCACAAUUAGAAGGCGUAUUGACCAAUCUUUAAG